GACCUGGCAACGCUGUGAGCAAAGAAAAUACGGGCAGCGUGCUCUCCGUUUUCCACCCACGUUUUUUAUAAUUUAAUAAGUAUUACGGUCUGAGACCGAUUUUCUACUGCAACGGCAGCUCAGCAAGUACUGGGCGGUUGAAAAUUGGUGGAGCAAAUAGCGGAUAAGGCGGGUAUUCCUGCCACUGCGUUUGCGGCUGUGUGCGUAAGCAUUGGAAUUCCCCCGUGUGUGUGGCGAGAGUUCGUCUGAGUGUGUGUGACGGACCAAAAAAGCCGACAUCAGCGCCCAUUUUUUGUUGUUGAUUCAUUAAUACGCCCGUCAUGCACCAGUAUUGGUAAGUUGGAGCAGCGCCCCGUCUUACUCGCACUCAGCGGCGGCAGCCAAAGAAUCAGUUGGUGCAAAAAGAGCGCAGGGAGCGGCAGAAGAAGAAGCGGCAGUCAACGUCAUAAAAUUUGUCAUCGCAAUUGGCACACAAAAAAUAAUAGUUAACUUUAACCGCCAUGAUCCUGCUGGAAAUCAAUAAUCGAAUUAUCGAGGAGACGCUGCUGGUCAAAUACCGUAAUGCACAGGCUGGACUGAAGCCUGAAUCCAUAGACAUACGAAUAGCAGACUUUGACGGCGUGCUUUAUCACAUUUCCAAUGUGAAUGGCGAUAAAACAAAAGUUCGGAUCAGUAUUUCCCUGAAGUUCUACAAACAGCUGCAAGAACAUGGAGCUGACGAGUUGCUGAAGCGUGAAUAUGGCAGUCUGCUCACAGACACGGAAGAAGGCUACAAUGUUUCCGUACUUAUCAACCUGGAGGAGAUUCCCGAAGACUGCGAACAAAUCGCAAAGAAAAUCGGUCUACUGAAGCGCAACUGUUUCGCCUCCGUUUUUGAAAAGUAUUUCGACUAUCAGGAACAGGGCGAAGAGGGUCAAAAGCGUGCCGUUAUUAACUACCGCAACGAUGAGACUUUAUAUGUGGAAGCCAAGCCUGAUCGUGUCACCGUCGUCUUCAGUACCAUUUUCCGGGACGAAGACGAUGUCAUUAUCGGCAAAGUAUUUAUGCAGGAAUUGAGGGAAGGUAGGCGUGCGUCGCACACUGCACCGCAAGUGCUCUUUUCGCACCGAGAACCGCCAUUGGAAUUGGCCAACACGGACGCUAGGGUGGGCGACAAUAUCGGCUAUGUCACAUUCGUACUCUUCCCUCGACAUACCAACAAAGAAACAAGGGACAAUACCAUUAACUUAAUUCACAUGUUCCGAGAUUACUUGCACUACCACAUUAAGUGUUCAAAGGCUUACAUUCAUUCGCGGAUGCGGGCAAAAACCUCGGAUUUCCUCAAGGUGCUAAAUCGAGCAAGGCCCGAGCCGAAAAACACGGAGAAGAAAACUAUAACGGGGAGAACUUUUAAACGCAUCGAAUGAUGUGUGCAUUAUAUUUAGUUGUUUUUAUAUAAAUACAAAAUAUAAAUGGUGUAUUAAAAUGCGAUAUCCGAACAUAAUUUUGUCCAAGCAAUGGAAAAUCGAAAAUCCAACAUAAACUAAACCAGAUAACAAAACAAAACCAAGUAUUCCAAAAAGAACAGUAAGGCUAAAUGUAAGCUCAGCAAAAAAAUGAACAAAGAAUUAAUAAUUACGCGUUAGUAAAUUAAUUGUAUGUUUUGUGUCGAGUCAUCGUCAAAUCCGUGUCUCCGCCAAUUUGUUACAGUCACAGCUGAGCCGCAUUUUAAACAAAUACACGUAGGUUUAAGUGCAACAAGAACUAAAACUACGAUGUCAAAGCGAGCAACACGACUAAGGGAUGCCACCAACUUGUUAUACAGUCGCAAUGGAGGAUUUAUCCCCGCAAUUAGCCUAUAUGUGUAGAAAACACAUCUAAAAGCGUACUGCAAAUAUUAACAAACCUUUGAUACAGCAAUCGGAAUUAAUAAAAUCGAGAAAAUCAAACUGCAAUGUAAAAUAUAAAAA